AUGGUUUUGGGAUCACGAGCACAGGGCCAACGAUGCCCCGUAGAAACGCCCGAAGCUGCCCGGGCGCGUCGGGCAGCAAGAGUCGCAAGGAACCGCAAAGCGUCGCAGAUGCAGAGUGGAGAGGGGGCACGCAAGUCAUCUCCCCCGGACCCCACCGACACCUCUACCUCCACCAGCGCUACAAGCACGACUGCCACUCAACCACCCGCUCCUUUCAGACCACGACCACCCAAGACAAAGCCUAAGGAAUCUAAGGACAUUGCUGAAGUUCAGGAACAACUCAAGAAAGCAGAAGAGGAUCUUGAGAAGAAGAACGACGAAUACGAUACCGUCUUGAUAACCUUUGAAACUAUGAACAAAGAAUUUGAGUCAGUGAAAGAGAAGCUCGAAGAAAUCACCAAACAGUUUCAGGAAAACAGCGAUAUUUUGGAAGAAAGCCGCAAGUCAUCAGAAAAGCAAAUCGAAGAGAAGAAAAAGGAGAAUGAGGAACUUUCGUCAACCCAUGAAAUUCUUACAAAUGAGCUCGCCGCUGCGAAGAUAGAAUUCGAAGAAGUAACACAAGAGAAAAAGGUCUUGGUCGAUAGCGUGACUGAGAUCGUACAUCCAUCCGGCAAGCCCUCCGCAGAAAAACUAGCCGGACUCAUGACAGAGCUUUGGAACGAUCGGGACGUCAUCUUCCAGGAAGUCAAAUCGGACCUGUCUAAGACCAGGGCUGCCAAGGAGGAGGCCCAAGCCCAGGCCCAACGGGAUGCUGAUGCUCUGAGGGCCACCCUGGACCCGACUAAGACCAAGGACCAUCUUAUUGCAGCCCAGAAACGAAGCAAGAUACUUUCUGAAGAGCGGAACAAGGCCUUAAUUGAGAUCGAGGAGCUCAAAAAUGAGAAGCAAGACCUGGUGAUACAAAACAUUGGGUUGACCAAUCAGACUGCUGAAAUAUUUGGAUUCAAGGAAGAGAUCCUUUCACUUAAGAGAGAGCUGAGGUUUUCUAAUGAAAACGUGACGAAGCAUGAAUCAACUAUCUUGCUGCUGGAAGGGGAGAAGGAAGACCUGAUAAAACAAAUAGAACAGAUGAAUUCGGAGACCGGUCUUACUCAGCAAGGCAACCCGGUGAGCGAUGAAGAACUUGAAGACCUUAAGAGAGUUCUUUGCGAGGUCCGUUACCUCUUUGGCUUGUCCCAGAACACUCCGCCAGAGGAGACGGUUGAUAGACUCCAAGACGAAUGGCGCAAGCGCGAGGAAAUCCGUCGAAAAUAUGAGGACCAAGACCCGAUUAAAGUGGAUAAGGGCAUGCAAGUAGAGAUUGAUAUUGGAGAUCAAGGUGAUGCUGUCAACAAGCUACAGAUACUUCUAUCUGAAGUCAAAUCCAUCACCGGCCUCUCCAAGGACUUGUCACCAGAGGAUUCGGCCGAGGAAUUCCGCAAGGCAUGGGAGGGUAAAGAAAAGUCCUAUAAGAACUUGAUGGAAAGAGAGAAGAAGAAAGAGACGAGGAGACUUGACGCGGCCGCCAAGAAGAACAAGGAGCAAAUCCAGAAACUCCUUUCUGAAGUGCGCACCAUGACUGGUCUUCCGGAGGCAACCGUGGCAGAAGACUCGGUCGAGAAACUCCAACAAGCUUGGCAGAAGCAGGAGUCCCGCUGCCUCAAGGCGCAAGAAUUCGAGGAGAAAAACAAAGAACUUCUGGCGAAAAUCAAGUUUUUGACAGAAUCCAUUGGAACCAUUACACACGUCGAACCGGGUGAACUGUCAAUUGAAGAACUUAUCGAGGAACUUCAGAACAGGGAUGUCAAACAGUCAAUCAAGAUCGGUGGUCUCGUUGCCGAAGUCGGAGCACUUGAAGAUUACCAAAGGACCCCCAAAAAGGACAAGAUUGAAAAAUUCCGGAAAACCUGCAUGGCUAUUGCCAAGGAGGUACAUAUCAAACACAAGGACAAAACCAAAGUCCCAGAAUACCUUACUCUCUUCCGCAAGGAACUGACCAAGCAAGCAGAACUUGUAACCUCAUUGGAGAAGAAAGUCGCCAAGAAGAAUGAACAGAUUGAAGAGCUAUUGGCCUCUCUGGAGGAGAUGGGUGAUGAACUGGACAAACCCUCCACGGGUUCGAAAAAUAAGAAGAAAAAGAAGAAGUUCUUCAGGAAGAUCAUCAACAAGAUUGCCCGCAAACAGACAUCAGACGAAAUGAUCCUAAUGAUCGCAGACCAGGCUAAUACAAUCAAAUCCUUGAAGAAAAGCCAAAAGAACUACUGGGAUUAUCGGGAAGAAAAUAGGGAUCUCCUAGACAAGAUUUCAAGUCUAAAGAACCAAAUCGAAUGCCAGGACAACUCCAUCGUUGAGCUUAAAUAUAGCGUUAAACAGGAGAAGGAGAUCGUUGAACACCUCCACGAUUGCAUUCGUUUUUUUGAGGAACGAAAACAGUUGAGCCCAGUUGACGUACCCCGUCAUCACGAUCGGACGCUGUCGGAUCUCCUCGUCGUCGCGCAGUUCAGAGGCCGCUUUCAGAACUUCGAGAUCCUCGACCGCGAGACAGACCUGAAACCAUUCGAUGAGAACAGAAUUGACCAGGACCGCUACCCCUUGAAGUAUCUCGCGGGCGGAGCCUACGGGGAGAUCACCAUUGCGAGGUUGGCCUCCAAUGGUAAGUGUGUCGUGGUGAAACGACCAAUAGUGCCUAGCUUCCUCUCGGCCGCAUUCAGAGACGACGAAGUCAAGGCAAACCUCCUUUGUACUCUCAAAGAAGCAAUGAUCUGCGAGUACUUUGAAAGGAGUAAGUUCUUUCCUACUAUCCACGGCAUUAUGACUAUAGACAACCAAACCUGCCUCGUUCUUGAUUUCAUCGGGGACCACGAUAAGGGAGUAGACCGGACACUCUUCAAUUUCAUCAAACAGAAAGACAGGGAGCUGCCUUUGAUUAAGAAGAAGGACGUGACAACUAUCGCCCGUGACAUUGUUGAAGCCGUAGAGGCCUUACAUGAGCGGAGACUCCUUCACAAUGACAUCAAGCCCAACAAUGUCAUGAUGGAGCAGCGUAACUCGAUCUGGCGUGCCAUUCUGAUUGAUUUCGGCCAGGCUAGCACCCUAUACUUUCCAUUAAGGAAAGAUUAUUCUGAGACAACCAAAAAGCUUUAUGACGAUGGGCAAAUCCAUCAACAUCUUGCCCCCGAAAUUGUGAUGAGAGGGCGCCCUUCGUCCUACGUCAGUGACAUCUUUUCCAUGGGCCAGUUGUUCCGUAUGAUGGGGAGAGACUGCGGUAUUCCUCCCCUCGAAGCGUUGGGUGAUAAAUGCUGCCGGGACAAUCAGGCUCAUCGACCCCAGACUGCCACUGAGAUCUUGCCAAUGAUUGAUGCUAUCACUUUUCAAUACCUAGUAACACUGCGUCCAAAACACAAGUUUCCAUAUGAGGGGAAUGAACAAGUUCCUUCUCUUCCAACACCCUAG